CAUAAUCUAGUUUCGAGCACGUAAUUUUUUGUUUAUGACCAAAGUGUUUUUGGGCGCACUUUGAACAAUUAAUCAGAUUGCCUACGCAAUAUUUUGUAGCUGUUUGUAGGUCAAAAAGUGGUCCGAUAUGAAAAACGAAGAAGAAUGGCAAAAAGUGAAGAAAAGAGAACUUGUAAAAUGGUAUACGAAGAAAACAAAAUAAAUACCGGUUCAUUAAAGAUAUGAGGCAGUGUUAGUAGGAAUAAUUAAUAAACUAUUCAUGCUACAAGCCGAAGUGAUGCUACAUAUUUUCGGAAUCACGAGCGCACAUCCGUUCGCAUAAACCUAUCGCCAAUCGGAGGGCAUCCAGAGUGCCCCACCUUGGCCAUCUGCUAUCUGUCGAGAACCAGAGCUCGGCCCAUAUACCACAUACACAGCAUAUUAUACCCCCAGACCCACAAAUCAGACAGCUGCGUUCCAGUGCGAAUUAGUUGCAAACGAGCCGCAUCGUCGAGCAGUUCGCCAGCAAAGUCGUCGAGUAUCGCGAGCUCAUCACAUUACGAAGUUUUCACUUGAUUUAUAUAGCCGUCGUUUUUGGGGUCGUUGAGCCAGUUGUGGACUGAACUCGGUGGCGAAAUGAGCACUUUGGCACUGGUGGCGUUCGUCCUUUGGGCAACUUUUCUGCGCUACCUACCCAAGAUUCUGAAUUUUCUCAGACUUCAGAGAUUUGCGAAAACCCUGCCGGGUCCCACGAUCGGCGAACUGAUUGCCAAUGUUAAGAAAGGCGAGAUCCUCAACUGGCUGAAGGAACUGAGGGAGAAGCAUGGUCCGGUAUUCCGCAUCUGGUUUGGCAAGGAUCUGAUGGUGAUGUUCACGGAUCCGGAGGACAUCAAGCAGCUGCUCGGCAACAACCAGUUGCUGACCAAGUCGCGGAACUACGAGCUGCUCGAGCCCUGGCUGGGCAAGGGUCUGCUCACGAAUGGCGGCGAGUCCUGGCAUCGUCGCCGAAAGCUCCUCACUCCGGGCUUCCAUUUCCGCAUCCUUGGCGAGUUCAAGGAGCCCAUGGAGGAGAACUGCCGCAUCCUGGUGCGUCGGCUGAGGACCAAGGCCAAUGGCGAUUCCUUCGACAUCUAUCCCUAUAUUACCCUGUUCGCCCUGGACGCCAUCUGCGAGACGGCCAUGGGCAUCAAGAAGCACGCCCAGCUACAGAGCGAUUCCGAAUAUGUGCAGGCUGUUCAAUCUAUUUGCCGUGUGAUGCACAAGCAGAGCUUCUCCUUCUGGCAGCGACUCAACGUGUUCUUCAAGCACACAAAGCCCGGAAAAGAGCGAGAGGCAGCUCUAAAGGUGCUCCACGACGAGACCAAUCGGGUAAUUCGGCUGCGUCGUGCGCAGCUCAUCCAGGAGCGCAACGAAUCCAGAAGCCCAAAAGCGGAGCAGGACGAUGUGGGCGCCAAGCGGCGACUGGCCUUCCUCGACAUGCUGCUGCUCACCCAAAUGGAUGGCGGUGCGGAGCUGAGCGACACCGAUAUUCGCGAGGAGGUGGACACUUUCAUGUUCGAGGGCCAUGACACCACCAGUUCGGCCAUCGCCUUCGCCCUGAGUUUGCUGUCCAAAAAUCCGGAUGUGCAGCAGCGUGCCUUCGAGGAGGCCAGCGAACUGGAGGGCAGGGAGAAGGAAUCGAUGCCCUAUCUGGAGGCGGUGAUCAAGGAGACGCUGCGCAUCUACCCCUCGGUGCCGUUCUUCUCGAGGAAAGUCCUCGAGGAUCUGGAGGUGGGCAAGUUGACGGUGCCCAAGGGCGCCUCGAUAAGCUGCCUCAUCUACAUGCUCCAUCGUGAUCCCAAGAACUUUCCCGAUCCCGAGCGAUUCGAUCCCGAUCGCUUCCUGCUCAACGAGAAGCAAAUGCAUCCGUUCGCCUUCGCCGCUUUCAGUGCGGGACCCAGAAAUUGCAUAGGUCAAAAGUUUGCCAUGUUGGAGUUGAAGACCUCGCUAUCGAUGCUCCUGAGAAGCUAUCGGUUCCUGCCCGACGGGGAUCAUCAGCCAAAGCCGUUGGCCGAAUUGGUCACAAAAAGUGGAAAUGGCAUUCGACUUCGGAUCUUGCCACGGGAUGAGAACGGAACGACAGCAUAAAGCCAUUAUCUCAAUAUGAUUGCUAGUUUUUUAGGGCACCACCAUCAUGUCUAGAUUAGGGUUAAGCUAACGAUAUAGUGAACAAUGAAAAACAAUUUUAGCGUAGUGACGCAGUUUGAGAAGCCCAGCUGGGGGCCCAUUUCUUAUCACUUACAACCUUGCCAUAUAGAUUAGAAAAACUUUGAUCAUUGUUUUUUUGUUUUUUUUUUUUUGUUUUUUUCUUUGUUUAUUUCUCGCUUUGAACUUUGAAAAAUACAAUCGAUCAUAUACAUAUAUACACGGCUAAAGAGGUAUAUAUAUAUGUGCAUGUAUAUGGGUGCGCUGGGCUUUAUUUGUGGUUAACAUCCAGAGCCAGCAAACAAAAAAAUAGUUAUAUUUGUGUAUAUAUAUUUAGAUAUAUAUAUAUAUAUUUGUGUGUGCAUUUUGGAUGUACGCCGUUCUCGUUCUACAAACUACAUACACAGACACAUACUUAUUGCUCUCCAGAGUCCCCGUUAAUCCAAAACUCUCCGUCGUCCGUGCUCGUGUUCCCUGACAAUUCCUUAAACUACCGAUCCCAAGAGAUCUGAACUUAGGACCACUUCUUGCUGCCAUACCAUCUCUUAAUAUUUUCUGUACGAACUAGUUAAAUUCCUUUACCAUAAAUAUAUAUUUAUAUAUAUUUACUUUAUGUAUGAUCGUAGCUGUCUGAUAGAUAUUCACAUAAACAUACGCUUGGGGUGUUAAUAUUAUUAUUUUGUUUGUUUGAAUUUAGUUGGUAUAGUAUACUAUAUCCCUAACUAGAUUGCCUUCAAUUUCCGUUUGUGUUUCGUUUGUUUUGUGCCCUCUCAAAGGGCCCACAGUGAAGUCAAGUCCCGAUCUGAGUGUAUAUAUAUGUAUGUAUGCAUAUAUAUUUGUCAUUAUCUAUGUUUUAGGUAGUCGUAAGCGAGUUUUUGUUUUUGUUUGGCGCUUUCUGCCUUAAAGCUUAGCAGGAAACAAUUCGUCUAUGGGAUUAGUUAGAGGCGGCUAAUGAUAUGAUUUGGCUAAAGUAUAAUCGAAUACGGUACAUAUAUAUACGGUAUAUAUAUAUGUAUAUGUAUAUAGCAUAACUGAUGGAUCGCGGGGCUUUCGCGAUCCGUGCGGAAGAGGAAGAUUGGAAAAUACUGUUACUUUGGCUCUAGAGACCGAGGACAAUGCCACGUUUAUGCGCACGCUUAAGUUUAAGAUCCAUUUUGAUACUUCGUGUAUUUACAGACAGCAAAACCUUGCAAUUUUGUAACAUAAUUUGUUCACCACUAUGUUUAAAUAAAUAUAUAUUCAUAGAGUUGAUUGUUUUGUCUUUAAGCACUAAGUCUACUUCUUUGAAAAGAACUUUAAUUUAAAUUUAUUCUUGACUUACUAAAAGGUUGCAAAUGUGAAAGUUGUUUGAAAUUGAGAUCUGAACUGAUCAAAGCGUUGUGGCAUUAGAAAAGGUUUUGACAAAAUCUUCAUUUAAUGUUAUUAUUUAUUUUUAAACUUCAUCGAUACGUUGGUCAUUACUUAAUGUUCCUUUUUAUACAUGUUCUUUACUUUGACCUCUUAUACUUUUUCCCUCCAUAAAGAGGGUACAAAUAUUUUAACAAUUUUGAAAUAUGUUGUGUUCAAAGAAGCUAGAUGUAU